AUGUCGAAUCUAUACGGUGGAGAUUUUAAUCAAAAGAUCGAUUACGUGUUUAAGGUUGUCCUGAUUGGAGACUCGGCUGUCGGGAAAUCCCAGCUGCUCGCCAGAUUCGCGAGGAACGAAUUCAGCCUCGAAUCUAAGGCCACGAUCGGAGUCGAAUUUCAGACCAAAACUCUCGUUAUCGAUCAGAAGACGGUCAAGGCACAAAUUUGGGAUACUGCUGGUCAAGAAAGGUAUCGGGCCGUGACGAGCGCAUACUAUCGAGGCGCGGUUGGCGCCAUGUUAGUCUACGACAUGACCAAACGCCAGUCGUUCGACCACAUGGCUCGGUGGCUCGAGGAGCUCCGGGCCCACGCGGACAAAAACAUCGUCAUCAUGCUAAUCGGGAAUAAAUGCGAUUUGGGGACAUUAAGGGCGGUCCCCACGGAGGAUGCACAGGAAUUUGCCGAGCGAGAGAAUCUCUAUUUUAUGGAGACAUCUGCGCUUCAGGCGACGAACGUUGAAAGCGCGUUUAUGACUAUUUUGACCGAAAUAUAUCGGAUUGUGAGCAAGAAAACACUAGCGACGAGCGAUGGGUCGGACUAUGCCAAGUCGGGAUCUUUGAAGGGCACGAAGAUUAUUGUCCCGGGUCAUGAUUCGGAUAAUGCAAAGUCGGGUUGUUGCAUAGGUUCAUAG